AUGUCCAACCAUCAAGCACUCGAAGUGUUUUUACAAACACCAAUCAAUUACAAAAUGAUACAAGCAUUGGUCCACAAUACCCUCAAAGUGCUCCCUUGCCCAGAAGACGCGUACCCUUCACCAAAGUCUUCUCCGAACCCUUGCGACACUAAGAAAAAAGCCCCAUCGUUAUUCUCGUUCAUCUCGAGAAUUGUCAAAGAGUCUAGCACCCAUACCGGCACCCUCAUGGCCACCCUAGUGUAUUUGAAAAGAUUACACGAGAAAUUGCCCGCCGACGCCACCGCCCAGGACCCCAGCACCAGGCACCGAAUCUUUUUGGCGUGCUUGAUCUUGAGCGCCAAAUUCCACAACGAUUCGUCGCCUAAAAACAAAGACUGGGCCCAUUUCACCGGGGGGAUAUUUGACAUUUUCGAAGUCAACGAAAUGGAAUCACAAUUAUUGUUUUUGUUGGACUGGGACGUGUCGGUGUCCAACCCCGAUCUUUUUGCAGUGUUGAAAGACUUCCUAGAGCCAAUCAAGCAAGAAAUCAAUAAUAUCGUCAAAUUACAAAACUUCCUUUCGCAUCAACGUCAAUCGCAAACGCGAAAGGAAAAAGUCUCCAAAUUGAAAAAAUCAAUGAGCUUGGCGACAACAACUUCUUUCAAACAGACAUCAAAGUCCAUAGAUACCCAGCAAAAAAUUGCCAGAAGCACCACCGAGCCAAACCUCCUCCAAUACCCACAGUACGAGCCAUCAUCGUCUCCAGAUUCCCCGUCCAUUAUCGUCGUCGGUAAAGCCACCACAGUUAAAAGACUUCAACCACCGGUGUAUAUUUCUCCUUCUUCAAAAAUCACCAAAAACGCCCAACACGAACCAAAGAUCCCCGAUACCCUUCCAUCGCUACCACCUAUCGACAAAAAUCUCAACUCCCAUCAUCCUAAAUCCAAGAAUCUCAACUACCGCAGUGUCCAGUACGCCAGAUCCAUCAACAGUGGGCUUUCUAGUCUUUCUAACAGCUCCAGCAAUGCCAGUCUUGGCAGCACAUUGUCGAAUUCCAGCUCGGUUUCUUCGGUGUUUAGCCAAAACCCAGGGCUUACAAAUUCCGAUUCCUAUUCUUCCUUCUGUGAAUCAGUGUUGGAUGAUUCCGACAAUGAUGAUGAGGAAGAGGAUUACUUCUUACAACCGGUUCCAUUGUCAGAAUCUUCCAGAGAUUUGUUCAAUUGGAAAUACCAACUUGUUGAAAAAAACUUCAAGCCAAAAAUGGCCAAGAAGUUAGAAAUGAACAGACAGCAACACCCAUUAGCGAUCGUCAGUGAUGACUGA